UGAUGGACAGGCGUAUCCCACUUCAUCUUGGCCAUGUUCGAGCUCAUUGGCCGCCAAAUGACGAAUCUAGCGAGUCUGCAUGCGAUCGUACGAGCCCCACUCCACGUGACGGACCUUGUUUCUUGGUCCCUCACUGAUGCACUCAUCGAUAACGCGAGUUGUAUAAAUUAACAACAAGUCGUCACUGCCACUACUUUGUUGCAAUAUUACAUAUCACAUGCGAAGAACACUGCAGAGAAUGGCUUCUGUUACAGCAACAUGGAAGAAGCUGGCCGCAGCAGAGCCACUUCAACGCUCGUCACACAACGUCAACGCUGUGGGAAACUCGAUCUACGUUUUUGGCGGAGAGCUCAAACCUAGGGAGCCGAGAGACAAUGAUCUUCACAAGCUUGAUCUCAAUGGCUCCUCAUCCGUCCAAUCAAUGAAAGCGCCUGAGACUGCACCAUUACCGCGUGUCGGCUCUGCUAGUGCUACAGUGGGCGAUACGAUAUACUUCUUCUCUGGUCGAGGAGGCCCGGAGAUGGCUCCUGUCAAUGAAGAAGGGGCGGUCUGGGCCUUGAGUACGAACUCUGGCCAAUGGACCUUGCUUCGUCCCGCUUCCUCAACUUAUCCAGAAGCAAGAAGCUACCACACUACAGCAUCAGACGGCAAAGAUAUCGUCUUUGUGCAUGCUGGCUGCCCGGAGAAAGGGCGCUUGUCAGACCUCUGGGCUUUCAGCAUAUCGAAGAAGGAAUGGAAACAACUUGCUUCGGCUCCCGAUCCACCCCGAGGUGGAACUUCGAUCGCCUGGGCCGAUGGAAAAUUAUAUCGCAUCAAUGGCUUUGAUGGUACGCAGGAAGUUGGUGGAGCCCUUGACGUGUAUGAUCCGGCCGCCGAUAGUUGGAGCACGAUCUCUUUCAAUGCGGAUGGGAAGCAGGGACCUGGCGCCAGAAGUGUUGCGGCUUUGCUGCCUGUUAAGAUUGGAGGAAGCACAAAUCUCGUGACAUUGUUUGGUGAAAGUGAUCCCAGCUCGCUCGGCCACCAAGGAGCUGGAAAGAUGCUGUCCGACAUCUGGGCAUAUUCUCUCGACACGGGCGCAUGGUCGGCGGUCAAUGCGAAGUCUAACGACGGUGCUCCUGAUGCUAGAGGAUGGUUUGAUGCUGAUGUUGUUACACUUGAUGGCAAGGAUAGUGUGGCAGUCGCAGGCGGUUUGGGCGAAAGCAACGAGCGGCUGAACGACCUGUGGGUGCUCAGCUUCUAAACCCUCGACAAUAUACGUACGCAGGCAAUAAAUACAGUACGAGUACAAGCUUCGGUAUGAGUGGUACCUGCACAAAGGCCUGUUCGGCAAGUGUCGGGGACAGCUUCACACUUGCACACCCCGCAUACAUCAUUUGUGCCCCACUACU